ACCUGCGUUUUUUUUUUUUCUCUCUCCACGACAGGUUUCCACAUCUCUCUCCUUCUGCAAGUAAACAAAAGAAAAGCACAAAUUCUAGGGUUUCUUUCCGUCCCAAUUUCAGACCCUUAGAAUUCUCUACUUGGCUUAAACGCUUUCUGCUUCGCAGGGAGUCCUAUAAAUGGUGGUAUAAUUUAAGGGUUGAUGAUGGAACUUUAGCCUGUGGUGAUUGUAUAGUCAGCAGAAGGAAGGGAAAAAAGUUUGGAAGGGUGAGACUGUACUCUAAUAAGGGUUUGAAUAAGGAAAAUUUUAACCACUUCUCAUUUAUACGAAUGAAUGUGUGGAGCAACAGGGAUUAUUGCAGGAUAUGUGAAAUUAACUAAAGCAGCAGGAUGAGCAAUGAUGUUUUUGAUGCACAGAUAUUAACUGAAAAGUUGUCAAAACUCAACAAUUCACAACAGAGCAUUGAAUCGUUAUCACGCUGGUGUAUUUUGCAUCGCAAGAAAGCAAGACCGAUCGUUGAAAUAUGGGACAAAUUAUUCAACUCUUCCCAGAGAGAGCAGCGUGUCUCUUUUCUUUAUUUGGCUAAUGAUAUCUUGCAAAAUAGCAAGCGGAAGGGCAGUGAGUUUGUGAAUGAAUUCUGGAAAGCUCUUCCUGCAGCUCUCAAACAAGUAUAUGAAAAUGGUGAUGAAAAUGGGAAGAAAGCAGUGACUAGACUGGUUGACAUAUGGGAAGAAAGGAAAGUUUUUGGUUCACGAGGGCAGGGUCUUAAAGAUGAAAUGCUUGGUAAGAAUCCUCCUCCUCUAUUGGUGAGCAAUGGGAAGAGCUCAAACCUUAUCAGGCUACUAAAAAGGGAUGCUCACUCAAUUAGAUAUAGAUUGGCUCUUGGAGGUCUACCGGAGAAGAUUGUAUCAGCAUAUCAAUCGGUAAUUGAUGAACUAAGUAGCGAAGAAGCUGCUAUAAACAAGUGUAGCACUGCUGUAUCGAAUGUGGGUAAAAUUAGGGAAGAAAUUGAAAGUGGCUCCACUGCAGGAAACCAGCAAGGUUCUACAUUUUUGAAUGAGUUGCAAGCGCAGGAAAAUGCCCUCCAGCAAUGUGUUGAGAAGCUUGAAAGUGCUGAAGCUACCAGGGCUAUACUGAUUUCCCAGCUUAAAGAAGCACUUCAGGACCAAGAACUAAAGCAGGACCUUAUUCGCGCUCAGUUACAAGUUGCUCACGGGCAGAUUGAGCAAUCAGUCAAUCUUAGAAAUAGGCUGACAUCACCUGUUUUCGGCUCCUCAACAGCGAUGACAGAAACUGCCAAGGUGGUAGAACACAAGACAACUUCAGUUCAGCCAACCAGCACUCGGCCUCAGCCUCCCCAUGCGCAACCUAUGGUAUCUUUUGCACCAAUGAAAACUACAGAUGAGGACAGCAAGAAAGCUGCAGCAGCAGCUGUUGCUGCUAAGCUUGCUGCCUCUACAUCCUCCGCACAGAUGCUUACCUCUGUUCUUUCAUCUCUUGUUGCUGAGGAAGCUGCCUCCUUAAAUGGUGGCUUGAAAUCAACUGGAUUCACUACAGGUUUGGCCAUGUUUUCCCCAGAAAAACGACAAAAACUUGAGAAACCACUCCCAGCAUCUGACACUGCCAAUUCUGAUGUGGCCAACACAGCCUAUUUUACUCCCUUACAGCAGCAACCGGGAACCACUGUGCCUCUCGUGCUCCCCUCUGUAAGCAUGCAAUCCAUGUCCCAAUCGAACCAGAUACAAACAUCAUAUGGUGCUCUACCUCCAUUGCCACCUCCGCCUCCUUUAUCUCCAGCUAAUCCAGCAACAAAUCAAUAUGUCCAAUCCACUGGCAUGAUGAUAGGGAUAAUGCCUUAUGGAUAUGGAGCUAAUGCACUUCCGCCCCCACCUCCUCUACCACCGCAUAUUGCAAUGGGAUUGGGAAGGCCUGCUGCUCAGCCACCACUGCAAUCACAACCUCAGCAAUCACAGCAGCAGCAACAGCAAACACCAGCUAGCGGAGGGUAUUAUAGGCCACCAGGUAUCGGAUUCUUUGGGCAAAACCAUCAGCCAGCGACACCUCCAGUACCUCGGCAGUGAAUUCCCCUCUAAUACUAAUUGACCCCAAGUGAUCAUCUAGUUUUACGGUUGAAGCCGUCAGUGAACUCUAAAAAAUACCUGGCCUUUAGCGGAUGUCACUUGAAAAAAAUCACAACAGGCUGGAGGUGUCCUCUGAGCUCAGUGAUGUGUAUAUUAGUAGAAAAAGUAGGUCCAUCUUUCCGACACUAUUUAAGUCUGUCCAGCUGCACAUACUUUCCCGUCCUUUCCUGCCCUUAUCAUAUUGUAGUCUAUUUAACUUGAUAUCUGUUGGGUGCUUUAUAAUGUCUGCACAAACGAAAUUUUCCUAGAUAGUUGUAUCUUAAUCUAACUGUUCAUGUAUCAUAAGAAAUAUACUAUAUUAGCUACUCAGA